AUGCUUAACAGACGGUUUCGCCAUGGUUUGGCUUCCUGGCGGGGAUAUGUUUAUGCCAUCGGUGGUAAAGGAGAAGACUCGGUCUACAACAGCGUAGAACGAUAUGACCCGCGCACAAACUCAUGGGGCUUUGUAGCACCACUGCCUCAGAGAGUGACAUUAAUGGGUGCAGCUACCUUACAAGGGCUGCUGUACGUCACUGGCGGGAUUGCGUUCAGCAGCGAGCACGGUGGUGGGCGUUGUGACCCUGCGCAGAGGUACAACCCCUCGACAAACUCUUGGACUGUAGUUGCACCUCUAAAGAGACGCAAGUCCUUUGUUUGUCUCGUGUCAGACACUCACUAUUUGUACUGCAUUGGUGGCUUGGCCGACGAUGGUUUCCUCUCUGAUGUGGAUCGUUAUGAUCCAAAGUUGAACGUAUGGACACAGAUGGCUCCGAUAGGCGAACAGCGCGGGUGCGCUUGUGGAGUGUGCCUUGAAAAAAAGAUUUACCUCUUUGGAGGUACUGUUGAUCCAUUUUCUUUAAAUGCCCUCGUAAGUUGCGAGGUUUAUGAUAUUACUCUGAACGAAUGGCAAUCAAUCGCUCCCUUACAAGUUCCCAGAUUUCACGGAAGUACAGUCCUUUUAUGA